AUGAAAAACAUGGAUUCAGAUAUUGUUCUUGAUUCUGAUGUUGAUAUGAUGGACGUUACAAAAGAAAAUGAUGAGCCGACAUCAACCAGUAACAAUGCAACGAUACCGAGUAUCAAAGAACCAAGUGUUACAUCAAAAUCAGAAACAACACAAAUACGCACACCAUGGUUAGAAAAAUAUCGUCCAAAAGUUUUGAGUGAUAUUGUUGGCAAUGAAGAUGCGAUAUCGAGAUUACAAUAUUUUGCUAAACAAGGAAAUUUACCAAAUAUAAUUAUUUCAGGACCACCGGGAUGUGGAAAAACAACAAGUAUAUUGUGUUUGGCCCGUGAAAUGCUUGGUGAAGCAUUUCGUGAAGGUGUGCUAGAAAUGAAUGCAUCAAACGAUCGUGGUAUUGAUGUCGUUCGAACAAAAAUAAAAAGUUUCGCUCAAAGAAAAGUCAAUUUACCAAAAGGAAGACAUAAAAUAAUAAUAUUGGAUGAAGCAGAUAGUAUGACAGAUGGCGCCCAGCAAGCUCUUCGUCGUACUAUGGAAUUGUUUUCAAAAACAACACGUUUUGCUUUGGCUUGCAAUCAAUCAGAUCAGAUUAUUGAGCCAAUUCAAUCUCGUUGUGCCAUGUUGCGUUAUUCAAAAUUAAAUGAUGCGCAAAUUCUAAAACGUUUGAUGGAAAUAUGUAAAGAAGAAAAUAUUAAAUAUUUAAAUGAUGGAAUUGAAGCAAUUAUUUUUACAGCACAAGGUGAUAUGAGGCAGGCGAUAAAUAAUUUACAAUCGACAACCUUUGGUUUUGGUAUGGUGAACAGCGAAAAUGUUUUUAAAGUGUGUGAUGAACCUCAUCCUUUACUCGUUAAAGAUAUGAUAGCAUCGUGUACAAAAGGUGAUUUAGAUGGAGCAUAUAAUGUUUUAAAUCAUUUAUGUCAUCUUGGAUAUACAUCUCAAGAUAUUAUAUCAGUAACAAUGCGUGUAACAAAAACAUUUGAGAUGACUGAAUUUAUGCAAUUAGAAUUUAUUCGAGAAAUUGGUUUGACAUGUAUGCGUAUAAGUCAAGGUUGUGAUAGUCAAUUACAAUUAUCAGCUAUGUUAGCUCGAUUGUGUGAAAAAGGCAUAAGUCAUAUAGCCAUAAAAACAAUGCAACAAACAGGAUCAUCUUCGACAGCCCCAAAAUUUUGGAAACCUGGAAAUCGUCCACCACGCCAACAUUCUUCAGCCAUAGUUGAUCGUCAAGAUACAUCAUCAGAAAAUGUUGAUCUCUACCAGUCACCGUCAAUGUCCAUGCUACAACAUCGAAAACAUUUGCCAAUUUUUUCUUAUCGAAAUCAUAUUUUAUAUUUAUUAGAAAAAUAUCGAACCAUAAUUGUAAUUGGACAGACAGGUAAGCAGAAAAAGAAAGAAUUCAGUCUUUUAUUUUAACGUGAGAUGCAGACUUUUUUCACGGUUGAUUAAGGGCCCCCCCCCCUCAGAAAUUAUCUCCGACACCGUGCAUCCGAUCUUGACGAAACUUUCCAUAAAUGUUCGGCACAAUGAGU